AUGAGGAUCUGGUGUCUCCUGCUCACCGUGGGGGUCUGCACAGGCACCGUGAGCCCCCAGGACACCUGUCGGCAAGGGUAUUCUGGCAUCCCUGGAAAUCCAGGUCACAAUGGCCUGCCGGGAAGAGAUGGACGGGAUGGAGCAAAGGGUGACAAAGGGGACACAGGAGAACCAGGCCGCCCCGGGGGCCCAGGGAAGGAUGGGAUGAGCGGAGAGAAAGGAGAACGAGGAGAAGAUGGCAAGGUUGAAUCAAAAGGCUCCAAAGGUGACCCAGGAUCCCGAGGUCCCCCUGGGAAGCACGGGCCAAAGGGAUCCAUUGGCCCCACGGGAGAGCCCGGGCUCCAAGGACAGGCUGGCCCUCAGGGGCAGAAGGGAGACAAAGGCGACGUAGGUCCCUCUGGUCCAGAAGGGCUAAUAGGCAACACUGGACCCUUGGGUCCCAAGGGCUUACCUGGUCCUGUAGGCCCCAUGGGCAAGCCAGGUCCCAAGGGAGAAGCUGGACCCAUGGGACCCCAGGGUGAGCCAGGAGUCCGGGGAAUACGAGGAUGGAAAGGAGAUCGAGGAGAAAAGGGGAAAAUUGGGGAGACUCCCGUCUUACCCAAGAGUGCUUUUACGGUGGGUCUCACAGUCCUAAGUAAGUUUCCUUCUCCUGAUGUUCCCAUUGUGUUUGAUAAGAUCCUAUACAAUGAAUUUAACCAUUAUAACGUCGCCACCGGGAAAUUCACCUGCCACGUGGCCGGAGUGUAUUAUUUCACCUACCACAUCACUGUGUUCUCCAGGAACGUGCAGGUCUCUUUGGUGAGAAAUGGGGUAAAAGUCCUGCACACGAAGGAUGGUUACAUGAGCUCUGAGGAUCAGGCCUCGGGCGGGCUGGUGUUAGAGCUGAAGCUAGGGGACGAGGUGUGGAUGCAGGUGACGGGAGGAGAGAGGUUCAAUGGCUUGUUUGCCGACGAGGACGACGACACCACAUUCACUGGAUUUUUGUUGUUCAGUAGCUCAUGAUGGAGACUUGGCCCAUCUACUGCUUCUCCUGGCAGAAUUAGGUUGGUGAUGGA